GGUUAUAAAGACUCCCCGCCGGUCGCGCCGACAGUCCUGGCGAGCACCGAGGUGGGUAGCGGGCCGCGUGGGGGCUGGAGAGAGUCAAGGAGGCAGCGAGCGAAGGACGCGACCUGGGCCCUGGGCCUCGCGGAGCUCGGGCCGCGCCGCCUCUUCGUCUCGUCACGCACACGCUUGACGCCGGAGCCGCGCAUAACGAUAUUUGGAUUUGAACUGCAUUUUAGAAUUCAUCUACCCUUAAAAUGCCACCAGCAGUUGGAGGUCCAGUUGGAUACACCCCGCCAGAUGGAGGCUGGGGGUGGGCAGUGGUAGUUGGAGCUUUCAUUUCCAUCGGCUUCUCUUAUGCAUUCCCCAAGUCUAUUACUGUGUUCUUCAAAGAAAUUGAAGGAAUAUUCAAUGCCACCACCAGUGAAGUGUCAUGGAUAUCCUCCAUCAUGUUGGCUGUCAUGUAUGGUGGCGGUCCUAUCAGCAGUAUCCUUGUGAAUAAAUACGGCAGUCGUCCAGUGAUGAUUGUUGGUGGCUGCUUGUCAGGUUGUGGCUUGAUUGCAGCUUCUUUCUGUAACAGUGUACAAGAGCUUUACCUAUGUAUCGGAGUCAUUGGAGGUCUUGGGCUUGCCUUCAACUUGAAUCCAGCUCUGACCAUGAUUGGCAAGUAUUUCUACAAGAAGCGGCCACUAGCAAAUGGGCUGGCCAUGGCAGGCAGCCCUGUGUUCCUUUCUACCCUGGCCCCCCUCAAUCAGGCUUUCUUUGGUAUCUUUGGCUGGAGAGGAAGCUUCCUCAUUCUUGGAGGCCUCCUCCUGAACUGCUGUGUGGCUGGAUCCCUGAUGCGACCAAUAGGGCCCCCACCAAGCACGGUGGAGAAAUACCGGUCUAAAGAAACUGUUCCGGAAGCUGGAAAAUCAGAUACAAAACAAGUGGCAAGUGAUGCAAACACAGAUCUCAUUGGAGGAAACCCCAAAACGGAGAAACAGUCAGUCUUCCAAACAAUUAAUAAAUUCCUGGACUUCUCCCUGUUCACUCACAGAGGCUUUUUGUUAUACCUCUCUGGAAACGUGAUCAUGUUUUUUGGACUAUUUACUCCUCUGGUCUUUCUAAGUAAUUAUGGCAAGAGUCAGCAUUUCUCUAGUGAGAAGUCUGCCUUCCUUCUUUCCAUCCUGGCUUUUGUUGACAUGGUUGCCAGACCAUCUAUGGGACUUGUAGCCAACACCAAGUGGAUAAGACCUCGAGUUCAGUAUUUUUUUGCUGCUUCUAUUGUUGCAAAUGGAGUGUGUCAUCUGUUAGCACCUUUGUCCACCAGUUACAUUGGGUUCUGUAUCUAUGCAGGAAUUUUUGGGUUUGCAUUUGGGUGGCUCAGCUCGGUAUUGUUUGAAACACUGAUGGACCUUGUCGGACCCCAGAAGUUUUCCAGCGCCGUGGGACUGGUGACCAUUGUGGAAUGCUGCCCCGUCCUCCUGGGGCCACCACUUUUAGGUCGCCUCAAUGACAUUUAUGGAGACUACAAAUACACAUACUGGACCUGCGGCGUCAUUCUUAUUGCUGCGGGCAUCUAUCUCUUCAUUGGCAUGGGCAUCAAUUAUCGACUUGUGGCAAAAGAACAGAAAGCAGCGAGGCAGCAGGAAAAGGAUAACAGAGAGGAAGACAUCAGUAUCGAUGCUGAGAAGCAAAAAGAAGUUACCAAUGCAGAAGCUCCAGAUCAGAAAGGCACAGAGGGAAGCCCCACAGAGGAGGAGAGUCCAGUCUGAACCAUGGGGCUGAAGGGCAAUCAAGAGUGUAUUUUGAAACCAUCUCUCUGAAAGCAUCCAGAGCAGUUACCUGUAAGGACACAAUGAAAACUCCUUUCCCAUGCCUGAGCAUCAUGUCAGAGGGAGAAGGUGUUUAUGGGAGAAGCCUGCUGUGACUGUCGGCAGGCUUGGCUCUAGUUUGGAUUCUGCCAUUCUUCCAUGGACUUGGGUCCAUAACCUACCUCAUGCCUCUUUUCCCUUCUAUAAAAAUGAGGAUCACCGUCAGUGAGGAAAUAUAAGUAAAGGAAAUGGGGGGGGGGAAGAGGAGAAAUUAAUAAAGCACGUGUGUAGGAUUUUUCUCUGUCCAUUUGUUGAGCUAAGUUGGUCUUUGGUCAAUAACUGAAUCUUAUUAGUGAAGGGAGGGGUUCAUGGUGCAGAUUAAUUACCACUUAUUAGAAGGAAAGUUUCUGAAGCUGCUGUUUUCAGAAGCAAGGGUUAAAAACGGGCUCAAAGCUGGAACUAAACUGUUCAUCACCCAGUCUAACCCUGACUUUUCUCCCACUGAGGAUACAGGAUUAAGGGAUUUAUUUAAGAUCAGUUUUGGUAACAGAGCCAACACUAAAACCCAACAUAGGUCUACCCUGUGCCAUCUAUUCUUGCUAACAAGCAACUAAAUCCUCUGUGUUACAGUGUUGCAUUCAACAAUGAAGCUGCUGAGCCUUUCUGAUCCAGUCUGUUGUCCCUUACUCCAUGUGAGAACUGAGUUUUAUUUCAGUUCACAAAGUUCAGUGGCUGCUUUGGGAAAAGAGAUGUACACAGAGUGCCUGCCUCUCUUUCUUUUCUCUGCCCUACACCCUCUGAAAGUCAGAGAGAACAUGCACAGCUCCUACAUAGUGUAAUACCCAAAAAGGCUUCAAAACUAACGUGCUGAAACAGGCCCCCAAGUCAAAGCUAGAAAAUUAAGAAACUGAUGGGUUAGACAACUGAGGAUGAGCAUGGUACCAAACAUAUUAGCAUGUUAUACUCAAAUCUGGUGAGAACUUAAAUGAUCUUAACUAGCCAAGAUAAAUGAAUAAUUUGUACAAAAAGUAUUGAGGAAAGGAUGAUGGUAAAAAAAUAUAUGGAAAAUUCAGAAAUUUUAUCCCUGAUUUAAUCACAUUGAUGACUAAACCUCUGGAUUUUUGAGUUGUCUGAACUUAGAAUUUUAUGUUUGUACCACAGAUACGUCAGUACAGAGUAUUAAUCCUGUAUUUUAAUAAGGAAAAAAAUAAUAGCCAUUUAAUAUUUUUGUAUAAGCCAAUGUUUUAUUGUAUUGAAUUUCAGUUUGAUAAACUGGGUAUUGGUUUGUCUGAAAAAUCUGAAUGUCUGGGUCUUACCUUCCCUAGCAAAUAAUUCACAGUAUUAUAAACUUAAUAAUCAAUCGUGUCCCCUUCCCCUCUGCCUUUGGUAGGAAAGAUGAGGAAAGGUUAACACCAAAUUGCUACCUUUGCAGAUGGUUUGUUUUAAGAGGUUAAUGAUAGACUGUGUCACUAUGAAAAUUCUUUCAAUACCUGACAGGAAGUGACAGCCCAAACUUGCCCGGCUUGCCCAAAUGUGAGCAGUUAAGCUGAGCAGCUUCAGAAGCACCUACGGGGAUUUCACGGACAUCAUCCCUCCUGAAAUGUGUUCCAGCUUUAGAGUUUUAGAUUCAGUCACCCUUUCCUCCAUUCAGUCUGGGCUGUGGUGACAAAGCGUUCACGUGAGUGACUGGUAGAGUAUCUUUCUCCACAGUGCAACAGCAAUGAUUUCCUUAUUUUGCUACCUUUACCCUGACUUGCCAGAGAAGACUGGGAUAGCUAUCAAAGGAAUCACAGCCUACUGGCUGCUUAACAACAUAGGUGCACAAGGUUGUAUGACCUCAAGUUACUUAGCCUCCGCAAGCAUCAGGUUUUUUCUCUGUGAAGUGUUAAUAAUUAGUAUUAACCUCUUUAGGGUUGUUGUGAAGGUUAGUUGAUCUGUGGCACCGCAUGUUAAGCAAGGGCUUAAUAAUAAGUGUAAGCAUCUCACUGUUUUAAAAAUCAAAAUAACAACAAUAAAAAUAGUUGCCCUGGCCAGGUAGCUCAGUUGGUUAGAGUGCCAUCUUGAUAUGCCAAGGUUGCUGGUUUGAUUCCCGGUCAGGACCCAUACAAAAAUCAACCAAUGAAUGCAUACAUAAGUGGAACAACAAACAGAUAUGUCUGUCUGUGUCUGUCUGUCUCUCCCCCUCCCCCACUUCUUCCUUCCGUUUCUCCCUCCCCUCCCUUCCUCUUCCUCUAAAAAAUAUUACAAUUUCCUUUGGUUCAAAAGAUUAAUACUUGAGGAAAAAAGUGAGCUCUUCUAAUUCCCAAAAUGGAUUCUUAACUUGCAGAUGAUUAUGUGCAAGUGACUCUUGGAGAUACUAUUAGCCAAAUGGUCAAAUUUGCCUUUUUGAUCAGAUCCUCCCUUUAGGUUAAAUGAGAAGAAAUGCAACAACUCAAAAGGUUGGUGUAUAUAUGUUCAGCUCUUUCAGGAAGGUGGAUUUAAAUCCCAAAGCCCUUGCUCUUCCUAUUCUAACAGUACUCAGUCUCAUAGGGAAGGGAGAGAUGCCCAACUAGCAGACAAACUUUUCCCCUCAAUAUUUGUGAUGAUUAUCAAAAAGAAGCAUCUAAAAUAUAACUAGUUAACCAAUCAUAAUUCAAGUUCUCUUCCCCUAUGUUCUUAAAUGCAAACUGAAAGAAUGAUGAGGUUAUUAUUUUCCCCACUACGUUGAUAACAUUUAAAUUAUAAUCAGUUGGUGGCUGAAUAAAUUGGUAAAACAUUGGCAAAGCAAUUUCAUAAUCUAUGUCAAGUUAUCACUAGUUCACAUCUUUUACUAGAAUUCCAGGUCUGGAAUUUAUAUAAGAAAAUUAUGUCUGGCCCUGGUUGGUGUGGCUCAGUGGAUUGAGUGCCAACCUGUCAUUGGUUCAAUUCCCAGUUGGGGCAUAUGCCCGGGUUGCAGGCCAGGUCCCCAGUCGUGAGGGUGCAAGAGGCAACCAAAUGAUGUUUCUCUCACACAUCGGUGUUUCUCUCCCUCUCUCUCUUCCUCCCUUCCCCUCUAAAAUAAAUAAACUCUUUAAAAAAGAAAA